AUGUCGAACAAAGUUGCAGUAGUUACCGGCUCAAAUAAGGGGAUCGGUUUUUCCAUUGUCAAAGGCCUCUGCCGGCAGUUCGACGGGGUUGUGUAUUUGACUUCGAGAGACGAAGGCAGAGGUAAUGCUGCGAUCGCUAAGUUAAAAAAGCUCGGGUUGGAACCAGAAUACCAUCAGCUCGACGUGGUAGACAAGGAGAGUGUUAAAAGGUUCAGAGAUCACAUACAGGAAAAGCACGGCGGGAUCGACAUCCUGAUUAACAAUGCCGCCGUGGCUAACAGCGCUGACUUUUACAACUCCUACGAAGAGAACACGAGGAUAGUAGAAAUCAAUUACAAGAGCAUCCUGUUGAUGGAGGAAUUCAUCUUCCCGCUGGUGAGGGAGAACGGAAGGAUCUUGAACAUUUCAAGCGACUGCGGGCAUCUCUCCAAUGUGCGUAACAAAUAUUGGAUAGAGAGGUUGUCGAGCAAGAACCUGACUAUGGAUGACAUCAAUGAGUUCGUCGAAUGGUUCUUGGAUAGCUGUAAGAACGACACGUUCAAGAGGGAAGACAUCGCCGAUGAGGGCACAGUAGCAGCCUACAGGGUGGCGAAAGUGGCGCUCAGCGCUGCAACUAUGCUGCAGCAGAAGAAACUAGAAGAAAAGAACAUCUCUGUAAACUCGAUGCAUCCGGGUCUGGUGCGUACAGACAUGACCCUGGGAGCUGGCUUCUACAGCGCAGAUCAGGCCGCCGAGACCCCGCUGUACCUAGUUCUCGACGCUCCAGACACGUUGAAAGGCGCAUACGUCUGGUACGAUGGGAAAGUUCGAGACUGGUAUGACUACAACGCCGAUUACUACUUCAAGACCUCAACUCUCAAAUCA